CCUCCCCACCGAUCUCUUCGUCUCACACCACCACCACCGUCUCCCCUCAGUCCUCUUCCUCCUUCCCGACCCGUGCGCUUGCCUGUGCCACUGCGGUCGCCGGCCAUGGCCUGCCUCACCGACCUCGUCAACCUCAACCUCUCCGACACCACCGAGAAGAUCAUCGCCGAGUACAUAUGGAUCGGUGGAUCUGGCAUGGAUCUCAGGAGCAAGGGCAGGACCCUCUCCGGCCCGGUGACCGAUCCCAGCAAGCUGCCCAAGUGGAACUACGACGGGUCCAGCACCGGCCAGGCCCCCGGCGAGGACAGUGAGGUCAUCCUGUACCCACAGGCUAUCUUCAAGGACCCAUUCAGGAGGGGCAACAACAUCCUUGUCAUGUGCGAUUGCUACACCCCUGCUGGCGAGCCAAUUCCCACCAACAAGAGGCACAACGCUGCCAAGAUCUUCAGCAACCCUGAGGUUGCUGCUGAGGAGCCCUGGUAUGGUAUUGAGCAAGAAUACACCCUCCUGCAGAAGGACACCAACUGGCCCCUUGGGUGGCCUCUUGGUGGGUUCCCUGGUCCUCAGGGUCCUUACUACUGCGGUAUCGGUGCGGACAAGUCAUUCGGGCGCGAUAUAGUUGACUCCCACUACAAGGCUUGCCUGUACGCCGGCAUCAACAUCAGCGGCAUCAAUGGAGAGGUCAUGCCAGGACAGUGGGAGUUCCAAGUUGGCCCGGCUGUCGGCAUUUCUGCCGGUGAUCAGGUCUGGGUUGCUCGCUACAUUCUUGAGAGGAUUACCGAGAUUGCCGGUGUCGUGGUCACAUUCGACCCGAAGCCUAUCCCAGGUGACUGGAACGGUGCUGGUGCUCACGCAAACUACAGCACCAAGUCCAUGAGGAACGACGGCGGGUACGAGGUGAUCAAGGCCGCGAUCGAGAAGCUGAAGCUGCGUCACAGGGAGCACAUCGCCGCCUACGGCGAGGGCAACGAGCGCCGGCUAACCGGCAGGCACGAGACCGCUGACAUCAACACCUUCAGCUGGGGGGUGGCCAACCGUGGCGCGUCGGUGCGCGUGGGGCGCGAGACGGAGCAGAACGGCAAGGGCUACUUCGAGGACCGCCGGCCGGCGUCCAACAUGGACCCCUACGUCGUCACCUCCAUGAUCGCCGACACCACCAUCGUCUGGAAGCCCUGAACGCGUCGUCCCAGCUGCGCAGGAUCCGGCGAUUGCAUUGUGCCGGUGACACGAUUCUUGUUCCAAGAUUCACGCAAGCGUCUCACCUCCUACCCGUUCCGUUGCGUUUGGUUAUACGCUGCUACUCCCACUUCUACUACAUUUAGUUAGGGUCUGGGUCAGGUCAUUUCGCCAUGGGUGAUGGUGGUGCAAGCUGUGUGCCAAGACAAAACAAAACGUUGUUGCUUCCUUGCCGUCCGUUUGGGUGGUCUUGUGCAAUCCAAUAAUGGCCGUACCACAGCGGUGGUACUACUUGCAUCA